CAAAGGGUGCCGUGCAUUCUGACUGCUGAGUGCCGACGGCGGAGCGUCACAAUCAGCUGCUACUGGUGUCAUGAUGGACGUGUCAUCCCUGGAUCAUGAAUCACCUGCCCGUCCCGCAGGCGAGAAGGUGCGGGAAGAAAAACACAAUGGACGGCUUUGAUUGCAUCUGUUGUCGUUCAUUCAUUCAUUCGUUCAGGUGCGGUUCACCGGCUUCCGCUCGAUGCCCAACGAGGUGCUGUCCUACGCCGGCUCCUUCUUCAGCACGGCGGACGGCACCAAGCAGAUCUCAGAGGUCUCCCGGCACUUCUGCACAUGCGUCACCGGCGAGCCAUCAUCGAGCAUCAUGAAGCCCCACGCCGAGCGGGCAGGCGGUGCAUCAUCCCUCUACAGCCACCUGUACAUCGACAAGAAGGUCUUCUGGGACCUGCCGGCCCAGGUCACGAGUCGGCUGCAGUGCACUCACCACCAGAGCAUUGUGGUCAAGAUGGACCCCAAGUGGCCCGUCAAUGAGAUGGUCAUCGCCGCCAUCCGCCGCUCGCCCGAGGUGUUGCAGAAACUCGUCAUCACCACACUCGACGGCAGGGAGACCGAGGAAUUCCCUGCUGAAGGGCAAGUCAUUGGCAGCCCCCCUGCCGUGACGCCUCCUUUCCCCGCCGACCGCAUCGUGUUCCCGCACGUCAGGAAGCUGCAUGUGGAUAGCCUGCGGUAUUUUGUGCGCAUGGUGACGGAGGGCUUCGAAUGGUAUGUAAGCCAUCGAUGGACCUACGACGGACAGGGGGACGUAGCUAUGCGCCCGUGUUUGGUAUGAGUGUGUUUGCAGGCCAGAGUUGACCGAGUUGAAGGGCAACAUGUUCCUCGGUGCGGACUCUGAUGAGGACACCUACGAGGCUGACCGGUUCACCGAGUCCUUCAUUGACCAGCCCCUGGCCCACUUCCUUAGCACGUCCAAGAAGCUGCGGCGACUCUGCAUCUACCCAUUCACACCUUUUAAGGUGACACCCACCCAGACACAACAACCAGCGCCAUUCAUGUGUCGCAAUGCCUGCCUUUGAUCGCGUUUCAGAUCCUCGCCGGCUGCCGCAUUCCUUUCCCCUCCUCGUGACUAUGACGCACCUGACCACUCUGGAAUGGAUCAACAUUCAAGACAACCUGUCGCAACCCGACGCACCAUUCGACGAGCUGUCGGAGCUGGAUGUGCUGCGACGGCUGUGGGGCCGCAGGAACGACACCAG